AUGCGACUUCUAGGAAGACGCGGAAGUCGAUUCAAUAUUCGUGUUAAUAAACAUCAUCCAAAUAUAUGGCAUUUUAUUAAUUGUCUAGGACAAGAAGAAGUAUAUUUUCAUCAUCAAGUAAUACAAAUGCUAGUUGGUGCAACUGGAAGAUCCAAAACAAAAAAGACAAAUUGUGUACAACGUCGUAUUGAUAUUCUUGUUGAUCGUUAUAAAAAUGAUGAAAUAAAUUUAGAAGAAUAUUUAGAAGAUUUAUCAUUCGUUGUUGGCUAA